AUGUCACAAGUAAUUAAAGAUGGUAAAGACACAAUCAUAUUUGCCACAAAAGAAGAUCAUCAGUCACCUAGUAAAGUCAUAUUAUCACCACCAGAACCCUCACCGGGUCUCAUAUUUCCAGAUGGCUCCAUCAACUGGAAUUGCCCAUGUUUAGGAGGAAUGGCGACUGGGCCUUGUGGGGUUGAAUUUAGAGAAUCAUUUACGUGUUUUCAUUAUAGUAAAGAAGAACCUAAAGGUAUGGAAUGUAGAGAAAAGUUCACAGCUAUGUGGACUUGUAUGGACCAAUAUCCAGAAGUAUAUACAGAAGGUUUAAAAGAUGAUGAAGAAUUUUUAAAUAAAGAAGAACAAGCUGGUGAAACCAUCAAAAAUAAAGAGGCAAAUUCGUAA